AAUUCAAUCCAUGUUCUGCUUUUUGAUCAUUAUUAGGCACUUCAAUAACAAGUUCAAAGACUGACACCAAGGAUGCAAAGGCACUAAAAAAGGUUUUUUUUUUUUUUACCCAUAUUAACACUGGGUUUUGAAUUUGGUUGGUGAUGUUCUAGUGUGAAAGAGAGAAGUGGAAGAUUCUAUAGAGACAAGUAAGAUCUGGGUUCAGUCUUAAUUGUUCUUUUUUGGAGUGUGUUUCUCUAGUAUGGCCUUUGAGGAGUCUGAGUUUGUGAUUCCUGAGCUUGAAAGAGAGGAAAACUUGAUUGCUGCAGCAAGACACAUUGUGAGGGCAUUAGAGUCAAAGAAGAGUCUCACUAGUGAUGCCAAGAAAAUUUUGGCAGAACUUGGCACCCAAUUGUCUUCUAUCUCCAAAAUCAAUGAGAAGGAGGAGGGGGGGAUUAGUGCUUUUGAAGAUAGGCUUGAUGCCAUUCAGGAGAUAAUAAUGAGAUGGGAGGAACAUCAGUGUAUGAUUUGGGAUUGUGGACCAGAUGAAGUAUCUGGGUAUCUGAAUGCAGCUGAAGAAGUUCAUGGAUUGAUAGAGAAGUUGGAGAGCUUGCAUUUGAGCAAAGAGGACCAAGAGUACAAGUUUUUGAAUAGGGCUUAUAGUGUUCUUCAAACAGCUAUGGCAAGGCUUGAAGAAGAGUUCAGGAACUUGCUUAUCCAGAAUAGGCAACCUUUUGAGCCUGAAUACGUGUCUUUCAGAUCAAAUGAAGAGGAUAUUGCUGAUGAGAGCUCUGUGGUAUCUUUAGGUGAUGACUCAGUUGAGGAAUCAUUCAGAAGAGACAGUGUUAGCAAAGCCUCAGAGGAGCAUAUCCUUGAUUUAGUUCAUCCAAAUGUGAUCCCACAUCUCAGGUGUAUCUCAAACUUAAUGUUUGCUUGUAAUUAUGACCAGGAAUGUUCCCAUGCUUAUACCAUUGCCAGAAGGGAUGCCUUAGAUGAGUGUUUCUUCAUUCUUGAAAUGGAAAGGGUGAGUAUUGAAAAUGUCAUGAGAAUGGAGUGGGGUACUUUAAAUUCCAAAAUCAAAAGGUGGAUUUGGGCUGUGAAAAUCUUUGUCACAGUGUAUCUUGCUAGUGAGAGGUGGCUCAGUGACCAGAUUUUUGGGGAAGGGGAACAUGUUAGUCUAGUUUGUUUUGUUGAUGCAUCAAAGGCUUCAAUAUUGCAGCUUCUGAAUUUUGGUGAAGCCAUGUCCAUUGGUCCUCACCAACCUGAAAAAUUGUUUAAAAUUCUUGACAUGUAUGAGGUUCUGGCAAGCCUUAUGCCAGACAUUGAUGCUUUGUAUUCAGGUGAGGUCGGUUCUUCUGUUAGGCUCGAAUGUCAUGAGAUUCUAAAGAGAUUAGGCGAAUGUGUGAGAGCAACAUUUCUUGAAUUUGAAAAUGCCAUUGCAUCAAAUGCAUCAUCAACCCCUUUUAUAGGUGGUGGGAUUCAUCCUUUGACCAGGUAUGUCAUGAACUAUGUUACAACUCUCACUGAUUAUAGCCAAACACUUAAUUUGCUUCUGAAGGAUCAAGAAGAACAUGAUGCUAUUUUGGUGUCACCUGACAUGAGCCCUGGUACAGAAGAAGACAACAAAAGCCAGGGAUCUCUAGGUAGAGUUUCCUCAAUGACCCUCCACUUCAGAUCAGUGGCUUCAAUCUUGGAGUGCAACCUUGAAGACAAGUCCAAGUUGUACAAAGAAGCAUCAUUGCAACACUUGUUCUUAAUGAAUAAUUUAUGUUACAUGGCUCAAAAGGUUAAAGGGUGUGAACUUAGGUUGAUAUAUGGAGAUGAAUGGAUUAGAAAGUGCAAAUGGAAGUUUAGGCAGCAUGCAAUCAAUUAUGAAAGAACUAGUUUGAGUUCCAUUCUGUCCUUGCUCAAGGAUGAGGGAAUUCAAAUUCCAGGUACAAAUUCUGUCUCAAAAAGUCUUCUUAAGGAGAGGUUAAAAAGCUUCUACCUUGCCUUUGAGGAUCUUUAUAGGAUCCAAACAUCUUGGUUUGUCCCAGAUGUUCAGCUUCGUGAAGAAUUGAGGAUUUCUCUAUCCCUGAAAGUAAUCCAAGCUUAUAGGACAUUUGUUGGUAGGCAUAAUAGUUAUAUAAGUGACAAACACAUCAAAUACAAUUCUGAUGAUUUAGAAAAUUAUCUUAUGGAUUUCUUUGUAGGAACUCCAAAAUCAUUGCAAAAUAGCCAUAGGGGGUGAUAGUAGAUAUAUAGGCCAAGUAAUCAUGUUCCCUAGGAGAGGCUUGUACUCUCACAUACUAGUUAGGGUCCAUACCAAAACCUUUCUAGUCCCACUUUGUGCAUAUUGUGUAUUCGUUGAAUGGAAAAAGUUUUAGAAUUAUUGUGCUUUGCAUGGUCUUCUACCAUGAGCAUGUUGAUAUGUUACUGUGUUUGCUAAGUGAUAUAGUGAGUGCAUGUUAUGUGGUGAGUAGAUUAUC